ACAUCCACACCCAAAGCUUUUUAUUCAUUUUUUUUCUCUGUCUUUUGGAAUGGUCUCUAAGAUCACUGAGAUACUGUUACCACCGCCGGGAUAACAUCAAAGCAGCAAGUUCCUCAGCAUCUCAAAGGUGAGGAGGGGUAAGGCUAAAGGCUAUGCCUGGACUACCAGAGAACAUCCCCCUUGGGGAGUGCACCCUACACUCCCAGUCCCAGGAGCAGCUCACUCCCCAGACAGAAAGCACCGUGUUCAGCCUGUCCCGCAGCGAGUCCCUCUGGACCAACGAGACGGCCCGCAGCACAUGUGAGAUCUACUGGUUCCCAUUCCACCUCAUGUCCACUGGGGGCAGCAUCUUUGCCUGCGGCUUCAUCCUGAGUGGCCUGUAUUUUGCUGGCUACUGCAGGAAGGCCACCAACAUCCUGGGCCCGGCCCUGGUAUCCAUUGGCCUGAUGGUGCUGGUGGUGGGCGUGGUGCUGAUCCCCAUCACCAAGGAGAACAGGAAGCAGCCCACCAUGAAGAAGCCCUUCAGUUACUACAGGCAACCAGUCUUUAAAUUAUGA